AUGCCCGUUGCUGACCUCCCUCAAGACCUCAUCGGCUCCUCUGGGCUGUAUAACUCGCCUGACCCGCUGUUGCGACGUCUUCGUCUGGAGGAUCAUACUGGAGCUCCCGUUAUGAAUCUGCAGCGCACGUUUGGCGCCACGGAUUUGCUCGUUCUGUAUGCUGGUAGUGCACAGGGAUCCCACAACCUGGCCGGCUUCCACCGCAGCCUCACCGAGCUCAUGAUCAAGGACAAAGCCGUAUCGGUCAUCUACGUGUCCACGGACGUUGAUGCCAAACUUGCGCUCGCCGCAACAGCGCAGCAGCCGUGGUAUCGUAUGAUCUAUGAGGACGACAGCGAUUUUGCGCCUUUGGCCAAGGGGGAACCGGAGGUCAUCGAAAUUGCGCGUGGCGAGGACUUUGUGCAGGCAAUGGAAAUCGAGACAGGCGCGGAGGUCGUUACUUUUGGCGAGGAAGAGGAUCCGCAAGACUACGUGCGUCCGCUGUCUCGUGCUGGCAUGUCCAUCACCAUGCAGGCUUACUCAACCCCAAGCAUUUCCGUAUAUAAUCUUAAGGCGCACCAGUUCGUUGCACGCAAUGUGCGGCCGGUGUAUUUCGCCAGCGACAAGGUCGGCGUGCAUCUUGCUGCGUGGAGGAAGGGGGAGGCGUUGGGUGUAGGGCUGCAGGACUUCAUCGCGCGUCUCAAGUGGCCACUCAUUGCGCUUUUGAUUGCCAUCCUGUACCACGCCUACGUCUUCAUCAACGGCGAAGAGGCCAACUUCCUGCCAAAGUUGCUGGAUCAGAUCUCCUGGCGCAGCCGGCAGAUGAUGGGUCAGGCGAUUUGA